AUGGCACCUUCUACUGGAAGAAUUACAAACAGUGCGACUUCUUCAGGUACAAGAGUACCUGCAAACUCAGCUGUGGGGGCGCCCCAGCCAAGUGACCAAGACACACUUGUGCAGCGAGCCGAGCACAUUCCAGCAGGGAAGCGAACUCCCAUGUGUGCCCACUGCAACCAAGUCAUCAGGGGACCUUUCCUCGUGGCUCUGGGGAAGUCUUGGCACCCAGAAGAAUUUAACUGUGCUCACUGCAAAAACACGAUGGCUUACAUUGGGUUUGUUGAGGAGAAGGGAGCACUGUAUUGCGAGUUAUGUUAUGAGAAGUUCUUUGCUCCUGAAUGUGGCCGGUGCCAGAGGAAGAUCCUUGGCGAAGUCAUCAAUGCUUUGAAGCAAACCUGGCACGUGUCCUGUUUCGUGUGUGUGGCCUGUGGAAAGCCCAUCCGCAACAAUGUUUUUCACUUGGAAGAUGGAGAGCCAUACUGCGAGACUGAUUAUUAUGCUCUUUUUGGAACAAUAUGCCGUGGAUGCGAGUUCCCCAUAGAAGCUGGCGACAUGUUCCUUGAAGCUCUGGGCUAUACCUGGCAUGAUACUUGCUUUGUAUGCUCGGUGUGUUGUGAAAGUUUGGAAGGGCAGACGUUUUUCUCCAAGAAGGACAAGCCGCUUUGCAAAAAGCAUGCUCACUCUGUGAAUUUCUGAAAAGUCAACAGUUCCAGGAAAUGGGAGAAAUUUGAAGAAAAGGGGGGAAACUAAAAUUACCGUUUAAUUUUUAGUUUUAAUAUUUAUAUGGAGUUCUAAAAUAAUAGUAGCCCUGGAUGGAUAAACUCUAACAUUAAAACCAAGUCUGUGAGAAAGUGUUUGCCUUCAGAAAGUCACAGAUGGUUUGGGAUUUAUUAUGACUAGCCUGUGUUUUCUGCCCAUGAAGUAGCCUUUAUAAGAAUCAAUUUCCUGACUACUAAAUUCAUCUUAGAAUAAAUUAGCAAAGAAUUACAUUUUAGAAUUAAAAACUCUAGCGUCUAUGCUGAAGUGAUUAUUUCUUUCCUUGUUGGGUAGCUUUGAGAAUCCACAGAAGGCAAUACAAGUGCCUUAAACUUUACAAAUAAGAAUAAUUGUUUAAUAAGCCCACUUUAUCUUUAAAAUAGUAAGUAGGAGUUUAAAUAAAUUUCAUGAAUAGGUGGUAUCUUUUUCUUUGGUCUUAUCAUUGGUCCUUUUAGUAAGACCGUCCAAGGAAAUUUUUGAUCAAAGUGUGUCAUGUCCUAAGAGAUGCUGUGAUUUCUUAAGUUCUUCCAAAGGCUGUCGUGUUGCUUGAAGGUCACAAAUGCUGACCUCCCUUCAGAUGGGGCACUUUGUUUGCAUUGGGUGUGGCUCACCACCUGGGCCAGGCUGCCCUGCUUCUCAUCUCUUAUGCUGAGCUGAAGACAAUUCAAUAGUGUUAGAUACUAAUAGUCUUCCCUGCCCCCGCCCCAGAGAGCAGGUAGAGGACAAAGGAGCUAGAAAUUGGGGAAAUAAAGCAAUUGUACCUGGAAAGUAAAAAGAACAACUUCCCCUUUCAAAUAAUAAACUGCUUAGUUUUUACAGUUGUGUCACUGACUGAAGAUUCAAAAAUUUCCUUGCCCAGUAAUUUUUUUGGAUUGAGGAUUAUGAUAAGAUCCAAGUUUGUGUUGUUACUGUGUUUUUUGCUUAUUUGGAGUUAUUCUGGGGUUUUGUUUGCUGGUUUUUGUCUGGUAUCCUUUUCUAUCAGUAAGAAGUAAAUCCCCUCCAAUUGUGUGAUCAUCUGGCCUUUGGUAAUACAGGGGCAACCAGAAUCCAUUACUUACAUUGUCCUGUCAUUUGUUCUCCACCGUUGGGCAGAGCAUUGUUUAGGUACCGCUUGUAGUCAGGAAAGUGACUGUGAGAAAGCCAUGCAGUGUGGAUCACUGCCCAGUGAGAAAACAAAUCGUGGCAUUUAAUACUUUUCUCUUUGUUUCUACAAUGAAUGAAAGCCCAUGAUCCUUCUGAGUUGUAGCUAAAUCUGUUGGGAGCAUGGUGCUUUCAAAAUUCAAAGUGCCCCAGUUCUUGCUGCCCCAUCUUUCAAGAGCACCUGUGCGUGCGUGCGUGCGUGCGUGCGUGCGUGCGUGCGUGUAUGUGUGUGUGUGUGUGCGCGAGUGUGCGCGUGCACACGCGCACUACACAGGAAGUCUUAGGCUACAGUAUUUGUUUAACCUUCCUAAGAACUUUCAAGAUAAUUGAAAGCUGCUAAUUUAUGCUCUAGUAAAUUUAUGUGAUAUGCAGAUAAUCUCGAACUGAGGGUUGAAUGAACAGGAAGGUUGACACACAUCACAAACCAGAAGCCUCUCCAGUAGCAGCCCAGACUGCCUCCUCACCUGUGCUUUUCGGGAGGCAGGGAGUGUCUUCAGAAUCAGUGCUGGGACUUCAUGCAUUAGAUGUCAUUGCUGCUUCAGUGACCAAUGGCAGACUCACUGGCUUGGGUGCAUUCCUUCUGAUCUAAAUAUCCAGUUUUGACUAUACUACAAAAUAAGUUGGUGACUUUUUUAUGUAAAAGUUUUGGUUUGUCUUUUAGAUGAUAUGCCAUGAUAAUAUUUGACAACUCAUUGGUAUUUGCAUAUUCAAAGAAUUUUCUUUGACUUGGAUUUCUUACGAAGUUAUCUUUCUUUAAGGAUCUCAUUUUUAUUGAACCUUUAUUUCUCUGUUAUUUGUGGAAUACAAUGCUGCAUUUUAUAAUGUUGUAUUUCUCUAAAUUUAAUUCCUAACAGGCUGGUGUGGCUUGCUAAUUUGGCAUUGUGUCUUUAUUCUUGGCCUAUCAUGUUGUACGGCAAGUUUUGUAUCUGUUCCUAACACAGUAGCUCCUGGGAGAUGAGUUCUCACCGUAAUCAGAAGCGUGUCUGCAGUGAAGCCCAGCUUGCCUCGUUACCAGCAUGGAGCUCUUAGUACCUGGCACAGCACUUUACUCUUCUGGCAAGCUCCCUGCAUAUUUAUUAUAAGUCUUCUGUGUCAGUAGCAUUUUUCUCAUUAUUACUGUAGAACAUUUUUUCUCAUGCUAGAUGUUUAUUUUGAAGACUGUACUUGAUAAGCCUCAUAUGAAAACAAUAGUAUAUGAUUGUGCCUUAUUCAAUUUCUCAUUUUUAAGACUUUGGUGGGUCCAUAUGGAUAACCAUUUCUGUAAUUGUUCUGGAUGACUGUUGCCUGUUGAGGUAGCAGUCUUUGCUUAGCGACUUCAUGUUUCCCAUUGGUAGGGUUACUGUCACCAUGUAAAGCUAAAGCCUAAUUAUUUGGCCACAGUAUUAAAAUAAAAGUAAGCGUUUAUCUUUCAAAUAUCGAUAUAAAACUGUGUUCAAAAUUAUCUGCACCAAAGUCUACUCCUUUCAAGGAGCCCUAGGCUACAAGCGCUUCUGUAGAAAAGUGAUUGCCGCAGUGUGAGUCCAGUGUUACAUCAAUAUUUUUUGGCAUUUGCAGUUCAGCCAUCUCCUUUGGAGCAGGGGAAGACAGAAUAGUUUUACACAAAUGGAUGCUCAUUUCAGUCUGUCCCUCACCUCCAAACGUCUAAGUUAUUGGAUCUAGACACUUAAUAUGUAAUUUGCCAUGCCUUUCAAUUAUUGUCUUUUGUUUCUUUGCAUUUUUAAGUUUCUGUGUAGCUUCUCUUUUGCUUUUGGAUAUGUUUUCUAAUUAAAAAAUUCACACAAGAAAUAUAAUCUGUAUAGUGAUACCUAAUGAACUCAAUAAACAACUGCAAUGAUGUCCACA